GAGAGUUAAGUUGAGAAUAUUAUACGUACACAAAAUACUAAAUGGAUGUGGGACGAGGAGGGGGCCCUCCGAUGAAAGAAGAACUUUUGACAGGUGAUCUCUGAGCGCAGCGUGCAGCACGACGAGAGCUGCUCCCCUUUUCCUUGCAAUUCCACGGUUUUUAAAUGACUUUUUCAAACGAAACAUUGAUUGCGGGUAUACGAACGACCACGUGCUCUCUCGCCGCACCACUCUUAUGUACAGGACUGAAGACCGAAACUCUGCAGAACCUGACCAAGUCGCAGCCGCAUUAUCCGUCCAGCCCAUACCAGAUACCGGAGACUUUCGAUGGCAUCUACACUACACCCUACCAACCCUCCGGUGGAUGUUUCUAUCCCAAUCAUCUAUACAACAGAUCGACGACACCCGGUGUGGUCCAUGGACAGGUACAGCAGGCUGUGAGUCAGGCAGUCGCGCAAAUCCCAAUCAAAGAGGAGCCCAACGACAGGGAAUAUCAAG